AUGUCCGCGGAAGAAGAAAAGGUUCCGGACCUCGAGGAGGUCGACACCGAUGGGGAAGAUGAACAAGAUGAUGAUGAUCACACGAUGAGCAAGGCUGAGAAGAAGGCGCGCAAGACGAUGGAAAAGCUCGGUCUUCAAAAGCUUGAGGACGUUCAACGCGUGACGCUUCGCAAGAGCAAGCAGGCGAUGUUCGUCAUCAACCAACCCGACGUGUACCACGCCGAAGGCUCUGACUCGUACGUCAUCUUCGGUGAGGCGAAGAUGGAGGAUUUGGCCGCGCAGGCCGCCGCGUUGAAGAAUGCCUUCAAGGCUGGCGCGCCCGCCGCGGGCGCCGUGGAGGCGGCUCCGACGCUGGAGACCGCCGAAGAGGAAGGUGAUGUGGAUGAGACUGGCAUUGAAGCCAAGGACAUCGAGCUCGUGAUGACGCAAGCGAACGUGAGCCGCGCUAAGGCUGUUACCGCGCUCCGAGCGAACCCGGGUGACAUCGUUUCCGCCAUCAUGGACCUCACCAUGUAA